AUGGAAGAUUCAUUUAAUUUUAUGUUGCUAAGAAUAUCAAUAGCACAAAUAUUAAAAGCAAGUGGAUUCGAUAAAUGUAAACCAUCAACAUUAAAUAUCAUUACUGAUUUAUAUAUUCAAUAUUUCACCAAAUUAAUCAAAACAUGUCUUAAAUGUAGUCAAUUACGUACAAGAUCCAAUAAUGUCGAACUACAAGAUAUUACACAAGCUUUAAUUCUUAUUGGAUCCAUCAAACCGAAUAACAUCUUACAAUUAUUUGACGAUACAUUUGAAGAAUCAAAAUAUAAUACCAAAUCAAUGGAUUCAUUUGUGAAUUGGCCAUUAUAUAAUGAAAAUUUCCAAACUGCCAAAAGAUUGAAUGAAUUACUGGAUGCUUAUAUUAAAAAUUUGAUAGAAAAGCGAAAAUUGGAUUUAAACGAUGGUGAAACUGAUCAACAGCGACGGAAACGGAAAUAUAAAGAACGUCAAGAUUAUUAUAAUCAAUUGAAAUUAAACGACCCUGAUCAUCAUGGUCAUGAAGAUGCAGAAGAAGAGGAUGAUAUAACUAGUAAAGAUCGAUUAAAGUGGCUUAAUUAUUUGAUUGAGAAGGAUUUGAAAUUAGGUCAUGAUUUGAAAUUUUUGAAUACUUCUGAUCCAAUUAUUGAUGAAUUUUUAAAAUAUCAAAAUAAUAAUAAAUUCCAUCCAGUUGAGAUUAAGAAUAAAGAUAAGAGAACAAGUAAUUUGGAUAGGAUAAAUCAACAUUUAUAUAACUUGCAUAAGAAUGAUUAUAUAGUGGAAGAAAUAGAAGCUCUUGAACAACCAGAAGAAGAAGCCACCGGAAAUGGUCAGACUCAGGAGGAAGAACAGCCGGUCAUAAAACCGUCAGAAGAAUUAACCAGUAUAUUGCCGUAUAACUUGCAAUACAACCAACAUUUAUUAGAAGAUGAUUUAAGUAAAUUUCUUCAAGAUAAUGAUGGAUCGGACGAAAUGGAUAUAGACAAUGGAAGUCACGACCAUGAACAUGACGAUCAUGUUGAGACUAAUGAAUUGGUACAGGACGAUAAUUUAUUGUUUGAUCAUGGUCAUGAUGAGACCCAUGAUGGGAUGAUCAUAAGUGAUGAAGGAAUUGGAGGAGACAACAAUUUGAUGUUUAUGUGA